CAUUCUAGUGCGGAAAAUGAAUAUUUUGGGAUAUAUUGUUAUUAUAACAAAGUCAGGUGUUCAUGCUUUCCGGUACCUGCUAAACAAAAUUACUUGUUAUUUUGGAAGAUUUGAAUAUCAACAUGGCUUUCUAAGCCAAAGAGAGCUAAGAACGCCUUCAGAAACAAAAAACAAAGAGGUGAUACCAACUCCAUCCCGAAGUACCUCAGUUUUGGGCCCUGAUGUUACUGAGAAUAACAAAUCACGUGAAAAAAGGAGGAGAGUUUCUUUUGGAGCCCCUCUGAGACCCGAAUUAUUUGAUGGAAAUUUACCUCCCAAUACACCUCUUGAAAAAGGAGAAAGCCCAGAGACGAGCAAAACAGCAUCCACAACCUGGGUCCCGAGAAAGUCAAUAAUGAAGCAGACGCAUUCUAAACCACCAGAAAAAGAGCCUUCCCCCAGUGUAGUGGAAGGGAUACCGCCAUGUACAAAAGACCCACACCAACAGCUUCCUGCCAUUCCUAAUAAGAAGUCUGCACCGAGCAGGGAUAACAUCACCUUGUCAAAAUUCGUGGAGGAGAGAACAACAUCUAUUCCCGAAAUCCAGACCAUCCAGCCCCACAAGACCCUGAGCACACCAUCGGUCUGGAGGAGAUCCUCCUCUGCAAGAAGAAGCCAGGUUUUGGAUGCGCUACAGACGAUUGACUCCAACAGAGGAGCACCAAAAGACAAUCUCAUGGGUAUUUGAGCAGGGAAUCAUUUUCCGAUGGUUUUUACAGGCAGGGGGCAGGCAGUCCCCUGGCUUCAAAG